AUGCACGACGCCGUCGUGGCCGCGGUCCACCACGCCCUCUUCGCCGGCGCCACCGCGGUGCUCCUCGCGCUGGCCGUCGCGCUCUUCCUGCUCUGGCGCAAGCGGCGUGCGGCAGCCGCGAGAGGAGCCGACGCCGACCUUGCCGCGGCCCACUCUGGCUCUGCGGCCGUGGCGACGACGGCGCCUCUCCAGGUGGUCCCGCUCGCUGACGUCGAUCGCGCCACCGACGGGUUCCACCCGAGCCGGGUCAUCGGGCAGGGGAGGCACUUCGCCGUGUACGCGGCGGCGCCCGGGAUCGCCGCCAAGCGCAUGCACCCGCACCUCGUCCUCGGGGACCCCGGCGGGCGGCGGUUCCCCGCCGCCGUCCGCUCGCUCGCCGUGCCGCCUCAUCCCAACCUCGCGGCAAUCGUCGGCCUCUCCGAGGGCCCCGGCGAGCGAGUCCUCCUCGUCGAGCGAGCCCCCGUCGGCGCCGUCGGCCUCGACAGGCUCCUCGCCCGGGACGACGACGCGCGCCACGUCCCCACGACGCUGCCGUGGCGCCAGCGCGCCGCGGUCGCCGCCGGCGCCGCGCGCGGGCUGGCGCACCUGCACGCUCACGGCGUGGUCCACGGCCGCGUGCGGCCGUGCAACGUUCUCGUGAGCUCGUCCGCCGCCGGCGGGAGGCUCGCGGUCAGGCUCACCGACUACGGGCUCGCCGGCUUCCUCGACCGCCGCGACGACGCCCGCGCGGAGGACGACGUGUACAUGCUCGGCGCGGUGCUGCUGGAGCUGCUCACCGGGCGGCGCUGGGACGGCGGCCGGCUGGCGGACUGGGCCCUGCCGCGCAUACGCGGCGGCGCCAGCGUGGAGGUGCUCGACGUGGCGCGCGCCGGCGCGCCGGCCGACAAGGCGGAGGCGCGGCUGCUGGCGCGGGCGGCCAGGGUGGCGCUGGCGUGCGUGGGCAACGACGGGAGGAGCCGUCCGGGGAUGGCGGAGGUGUCGGCCAUCCUCAGCGACGUGGAAGCCGCGUACCGUCGCCGCGACGGCGCACCGGCGGGUGAGGACGACGAACCCGACGACGGCGGCGAGGGGCGUCUCAGUGGAUGCCUUCUUGGCCCCAGCAGGAGCGUCCACAAGGCGGACAUGCUGCUCCGGCCUCCCGUGUGA